GUCGCUACGCUCGCGCUAGGUUAGGAACGACCGCCACUCUGUUACCUGAAGCCGACCUUAUCUCCGCCCGCACUGGAGUCAGGGCACCGGAGAAUAUCACAUUAAUGGAUUCCAUGGCUAGUCCAGGGAAAGAUAAUUACAGAAUGAAAAGUUAUAAGAAUAAAGCCCUAAAUCCUCAAGAGAUGCGUAGAAGAAGAGAAGAAGAAGGAAUACAGCUUCGAAAACAAAAAAGGGAAGAACAGUUGUUCAAACGCAGAAAUGUCUCUUUGCCCAGAAAUGACGACUCUAUGUUAGAAAGUCCUAUCCAGGAUCCAGAUAUCAGUUCUACUGUACCCAUUCCAGAGGAAGAAGUUAUUACCACAGAUAUGGUUCAAAUGAUUUUUUCUAAUAAUGCUGAACAACAGCUAACAGCAACACAGAAAUUUAGAAAGCUGCUUUCUAAAGAACCUAAUCCACCAAUAGAUCAAGUUAUACAGAAACCAGGAGUUGUACAGAGAUUUGUGAAAUUCCUUGAAAGAAAUGAAAAUUGUACCUUACAAUUUGAAGCAGCAUGGGCACUAACUAAUAUAGCAUCUGGAACUUUUCUGCAUACCAAGGUAGUGAUUGAAACUGGGGCUGUUCCAAUUUUUAUCAAACUUCUUAAUUCAGAACAUGAAGAUGUUCAGGAACAGGCUGUUUGGGCACUUGGUAAUAUUGCAGGAGAUAAUGCGGAAUGCAGAGAUUUUGUUUUGAAUUGUGACAUACUUCCACCUCUUUUAGAGUUAUUAACAAAUUCAAACAGACUUACUACAACCAGAAAUGCUGUAUGGGCUCUCUCAAAUUUAUGUAGAGGCAAAAACCCUCCUCCAAACUUUAGUAAGGUUUCACCUUGCUUAAAUGUCCUGUCACGAUUAUUGUUUAGCAGUGACCCGGAUGUGUUAGCAGAUGUGUGCUGGGCCCUUUCUUAUCUCUCUGAUGGACCCAAUGAUAAAAUUCAAGCAGUCAUAGAUUCUGGAGUCUGUCGAAGAUUGGUGGAACUUUUGAUGCACAAUGAUUAUAAAGUUGUAUCACCUGCAUUAAGAGCAGUUGGUAAUGUUGUGACUGGUGAUGAUAUUCAAACACAGGUAAUUUUGAAUUGUUCUGCAUUACCCUGUCUCUUACACUUGUUGAGUAGCCCAAAGGAGUCAAUUAGAAAAGAAGCCUGCUGGACUAUUUCUAACAUCACUGCUGGAAACAGAGCUCAGAUUCAGGCUGUUAUAGAUGCAAGUAUUUUUCCUAUUUUGAUUGAGAUUCUUCAGAAAGCAGAGUUUCGCACCAGAAAAGAAGCAGCUUGGGCUAUAACUAAUGCAACAUCAGGAGGCACUCCAGAGCAAAUAAGGUAUUUGGUAGCCUUAGGCUGCAUUAAACCACUUUGUGACCUUUUGACUGUUAUGGACUCCAAAAUAGUUCAAGUGGCUUUAAAUGGACUUGAAAAUAUUUUACGUCUUGGAGAACAAGAAUCUAAGCAGAAUGGCGUAGGCAUUAAUUCAUACUGUGCUCUCAUUGAAGAAGCAUAUGGUCUGGAUAAAAUUGAGUUUCUGCAAAGCCACGAAAAUCAAGAAAUUUACCAAAAGGCCUUUGAUCUGAUUGAACAUUAUUUUGGUGUAGAAGAAGAUGACCCCAGCAUUGUACCUCCAGUGGAUGAAAACCAACAACAGUUUGUAUUUCAGCAGCAGGAAGCACCAAUGGAAGGAUUUCAACUUUAACUUGGUGGAGAAAAAAAAUUAAUGGCCAAGAAGGGUAGCUUCAGAUAUUUCCUCUUUGUUGCCAGUGUCAGGAGGAAUGUUUCUUGUUUGUUUCUUUUUUACAUAGAACAGAAAAGUAAGAA